ACAUUUUUUCAUGGAGCGCUCAACCUAUCUUCGUUGAUUGACUACGCAAAAUAGUUAAUGAAGAAGGCAGAGUGACUCGUGAGCUUGGCAGAUCCAUAAGAGGCUAUCAAGAAAAAGCAGAGUUAAAAAGUUCUUCCCUCUUCUUUAAGUCACCCAUUAAUUUCACAUAUAUAUAUAUACACACAUAUAUGUAUACAUGUUGCAUUUAAUUUAUAUACAUAUUAACACAUCUAUAAAAGAGAGCAUAAGAUUCAGAGAGAUCUAUAGAAAGAGAGAGCGAGAGAGAGAGAGAGAAAGAUGGGUAGGCCUCCAUGCUGUGACAAGAUAGGGAUCAAGAAAGGACCAUGGACGCCUGAAGAAGACAUCAUUCUUGUUUCUUACAUCCAAGAACAUGGCCCUGGAAACUGGAGAUCUGUUCCCACCAACACUGGGUUACUGAGAUGCAGCAAAAGCUGUAGACUGAGAUGGACAAAUUAUCUGAGACCUGGAAUUAAACGCGGAAACUUUACUUCUCAUGAGGAAGGAAUGAUCAUUCACUUGCAAGCCUUAUUGGGUAACAAAUGGGCGUCCAUAGCUUCAUACCUACCACAAAGAACGGAUAAUGAUAUCAAGAACUACUGGAACACACAUUUGAAGAAGAAGCUCAACAAGUCCGAGUGUGACGCUGAGAGAAGCAGAUCAUCAGAGAACAUCACGUUGCAAACUUCUGCCUCAAGAAACACCAUUAAUCAAAGAUCUACCUAUGCUUCAAGCACCGAAAACAUUUCCCGCCUUCUUGAGGGUUGGAUGAGAGCAUCCCCAAAGAGUACUAGCGCAGCUAAUCAUCAGACGAACAGUCUCAUCGAUCAUCAAAAUCAUCAGUCUCCAUACGAACAGCAGCUACAAGGUUCUUGGGAAGAAGGUCAUCAUAGCAAAAUAAGAAGCAAUGGGGAUGAUGAUCAUCAGGACUUUGGUGUUGGUCCAAAGAUUUCAACUGAGAAUAACAUCGGUGGUGAUCAUGAAGAUGGUGGUGAUGAUGAUGAAGAGGAUCAUAAUAAUGCUGCAACUCCACCAUUGACAUUUAUUGAGAAAUGGCUUUUGGAGGAAACAAACACUGGGGUUCAAAUGGAAGAGAUGAACCACUUGAUGGAGCUCUCUAAUAUGCUUUAAUUGUGACCUAUUCUCCUUUAUUUUUUCUUUUCCCUUGUGAAUCUUAUUAAAUGAGACUGCUAAUUUUUAUAUAGAAAAAAUAAAGAAACCAAAAGACAUAAUAUCACAUGUUUAUUGGUUUCUCUAAGAUAUAUCAUAUAUGUAGUUAAAAUGCUCACUGCAUAAGUUGUAACUAAUCUAAAUUUUGUUUACUACUCAUCAUUUAUAUGAAUAAAAUCCACUCUAAUUA